CGCCACAACCUCGACCUCGAACAUCUCCUUCCUCUCUCCCCUCCACGCUCGCCACAACUUCGACCUCGAACAUCUCCUUCCUCUCUCCCCUCCACGCUCGCCACAACCUCGACCUCGAACAUCUCCUUCCUCUCUCCCCUCCACGCUCACCACAUCCACAACACCCAGCACAUGCGACGAUGAGCUACAACAGCCCCGCUCCCUCCGCGUCGGGGACCCCUCCAAAGAUCCAGGCCUGCCACUACAAAACCGGCAAGACCCUCGGCGCAGGCUCCUACUCCGUCGUCAAAGAAUGCGUGCACAUCGACACUGGACGGUACUAUGCCGCGAAGGUGAUCAACAAGCGUUUAAUGGCCGGUAGAGAGCACAUGGUGCGCAACGAAAUCGCAGUCCUCAAGCGCGUCUCCAUGGGCCACCGCAACAUCCUCACCCUCGUCGACUACUUCGAAACGCAAAACAACCUCUACCUCGUCACCGACCUCGCCCUCGGCGGCGAACUCUUUGACCGCAUCUGCCGCAAGGGCAACUACUACGAAUCCGACGCCGCCUCUCUGAUCCUCGCCACCCUCUCCGCCGUCGCCUACCUCCACGCGCACGGCAUCGUGCACCGGGACCUCAAGCCCGAGAACCUUCUCUUCCGCACCCCUGAGGACAACGCCGAUUUGCUCAUCGCCGAUUUCGGGCUGAGUCGCAUCAUGGACGAUGAGCACUUCCACGUCUUGACGACUACCUGCGGAACGCCGGGGUACAUGGCGCCGGAGAUCUUUAAGAAGGCUGGGCAUGGGAAACCGGUUGAUGUUUGGGCGAUAGGGGUUAUUACGUAUUUUUUGCUCUGUGGAUACACACCGUUCGACCGCGACUCCAACCUCGAGGAAAUGCAAGCUAUCCUCAUAGCAGACUACCGCUUCGAACCCCCCGCCUUCUGGCGCGGCGUCUCCGUUUCGGCAAAGGACUUUGUCUCCCGCUGCCUCACCGUCGACCCGUCCGCGCGCCCAACCGCCCAAGAAGCACUCGCUCAUCCGUUCCUGGCUGCGCGGCCGGCGGAGGAACAGGAGGGGCAGAGCGAUUUGUUGCCUACUCUGCGCAAGAACUUCAACGCUAGACGGACACUACAUGCUGCUAUCGAUACUGUACGCGCUAUUAAUAAGUUGAGAGAGGGCUCGGGAAAUAUGGAUGGUGCGCGCAGCGGGGAGCCUGAGCGCGCGGCGGCUGGGUCGGCGGGGGAUUCCCCCUCUGACGCGACCCCCGACUCCACGGGUGCAGGAGCGGGUCCAGGGCCGGCGUUGGCGGCGAUUGCAAGGAAAGCUGCACUCCACGAUUUGGGUGUGGAAACUUACCCUUCUAGAGAUGCGGAGGGGGAUGUGAGGAUGGACUCGACGGAUGAGCCGACGAGGGCGGGGGCGAGUCUGUUGACGAGACAGAGUGGACAGGGGCAGAGCGGGGCGGAGAUUGAGAAGCAGGAGGAGAGGAUUAGGGAGGCUAGUCGGGGGUUGUGGCAGGGGAGGUAGGGGUGUGUGUGAUAGGGGAGGAGAAAAGAUGAGAG